ACAUCUUGUCUGUCGGGGGAUUUCUCACAACUUUCCUUACGGCAACGGCAGACAACCGGUUCGUUUUGACUCAAGCGGAAAUCAGCUUUGUCCUGUGCGCUGGCGUGGCGUGGGCGCGGUUUGAUGCAGCAGGGACGGCUAUUCGGCGCUUCACGAAUCCGUUAAACGAAGCGUCUCUGUACGGAGGCCGAGAGGGGAGCGGCGCGGCGGAGAGAGCAGAAAGACAUUGAAAACACCAAUUUAAUUUCAGUUAAUCUGAUUAUAGAGCAUGAUAUUUUAAUCCACCGGUACCGAAGACAAUCGGCGUGGUUCCUUCACGUAGUCUUCCUUUUUCUCCUAUAGGAUGGUGAGCUGAUCAGAGGAAAAGCACAAGUUAUUGGUGAACGCAUCUAUUCAGCUGUUGCCCGUUGUGAAUUAUUAGGCUCGAUCGGGCCGCCGGUGCACCGGGCGGCUCCGUGAUCAUGCGGGAAUUAUGUCUUUGUGCGAGACUUGUUUAUGUCGGCAGACACGCUCGUUUAAACGCACUCAAAAAUGAAAAUAAAUUCCACGUCCAGUGUCGUGUGAGAUUAUUUUGAGUUUGACACCCGUUCAGACCGGAGAGAUGCGUGAGUAUAAAGUGGUGGUCCUCGGAAGCGGCGGGGUCGGUAAAUCCGCUCUCACCGUGCAGUUUGUCACCGGGACGUUUAUCGAGAAGUACGACCCGACCAUCGAGGAUUUUUACCGUAAGGAGAUCGAGGUGGACUCCUCGCCGUCCGUGCUGGAGAUCCUCGACACGGCGGGAACGGAGCAGUUCGCGUCCAUGCGGGACCUGUACAUUAAAAACGGACAGGGCUUCAUUCUGGUCUACAGUCUGGUCAACCAGCAGAGCUUUCAAGACAUUAAACCGAUGAGAGAUCAGAUCAUCCGAGUGAAGAGGUAUGAGAAGGUUCCUGUGAUCCUGGUGGGGAAUAAGGUGGAUCUGGAGAGUGAGCGGGAGGUUUCUGUGAGAGAGGGACAGGCGCUGUCCGAGGAGUGGGGUUGUCCGUUCAUUGAGACCUCCGCUAAGAGUAAGACAAUGGUGGACGAACUCUUUGCUGAGAUUGUGCGGCAGAUGGACUACGCAGCACAGCCGGAUAAAGAUGAUCCAUGCUGCUCCUCCUGCAAUAUACAAUAACCCCACAAACCAAACACAGAACUCACAUUUCAGUAGUCUUCAUUGACCUUCUAGUGUCUGCAUUUUUUCCAUCAUUUAUAGACUUUAAAUUUGGGCUGACUCAACCACUGGAAAUGCACUUGCCUUAUGUCUCACAUUUCCUGUAUGUACAGGAUCCUACAGUUGGGAUGUAUGGUCUUUUAUGUUUUUGGUUUUAUGGUCUUGAUGAUUUUAUCCGAAUUUUUCACCAGGUGAGAGACCUAGAGAAGAAAAUGUUUUAUCCAUAAUUAUAAAAAAAAUUUCACUGUUGAAAUACUUUCUCCUAUCUCCCCUUUCUGUGGAUGGACAGCUACAAUUAAGCUGUUCGUAGGUAUAUUCCCCUGAAAAACGUGUAAACACUAUGGCAUUAUUAAAAUAUUGAAACUUCCAACAUUGACUCAAGCUAUGGUGUGAGUUUGGGUUAGAUCUAUCUGUUUUUUCGUGUGUGUUUGUGAAAGCUAAUUGAAAACUGUUGUUAUUUUUGCCAGUAUUUUUGGUGACUAUAGUGGCUAGAAAAUUACACACUUCACCUUUAAUGAUUAGAUUUUAAUGAUCAAUUAAUAGAAGAACAGAUCCCUAAAAAUCAUCUGUUUCUUCAAUGAGCUGCCUACCCAAAGAGCCUUUUAAGCCAUCAAAUGCAUGCUCCUGACACAAAGGCACCUCCAAAAAGUAGGCAGAAUAAUUACUUAUGUUGCGUUCCAUACUUCAAAUGCUGCACAUGUUAGGCAAUUCCAAAAUGCAUGCCGAUUAAAGAUUGAGGCAUUUUAUUUUCUUUGAUACUGAAUGUUUGUUCAUUAAUGUUCGUGUCUUGCAGUUUCCAAGUUGGUUUUUCAAGAUUGUUCCAAGUGCCAUUGCACUUUUCCAAAUGAAAAGUUGGAUAUAGUGGUGGUGGCGUAGUGGGCUAAAGCACAGAAGUGGUAAGCAGAAGGUUGCCAGUUCGAUUACCACAGCCACCACCAUUGCGUCCUUGAGCAAGGCACUUUAAUCCAGGUUGCUCCUGGGGGAUUGUCCCUGUAAUAAGUGCACUGUAAGUCACUUUGGAUAAAAGCAUCUGCCAAAUGUAUAAAUGUAAAUGGAUAUUCCGACUUUCCUAGUUGAAUGGAAUGCAGCACAAGGGGCUGUUCAGACCGAACUUGUUAUUGUGCUAAAAAAGCUAGAUGCAGCGCAACAAAUAAAACAACGCACCAUGCAUUUUUAAAUGUUAAAGAUUUUUUUAACUUAACAUAAAAAUGUCAUACUUUGGCAUGAGAUGCAAAAAUUAAUUUGGUAUGAACGGCACUAAAUUGACCGGUCAUGGGGUAGAAGACAUUUCUACCAACACAAUCCAUUUUUGUUUUAAAAGCAUUAAUUUUGCCUGUUUAAACCUUUCGUCCAUGCUAGAAUGGCGUUUUCCUCCACCGAAAAUUGAGCAUUUUGAAAACGCUCUCUAUUACCACAUAGUUUGGAGAACAAUGACGUAAAAAAAAGAGUUUUCAAAACAAAAUGGAUUAGUGUGGAUGUGGCCUAACUCUCUAUUUCGCGCUCUCUAUAUCACUCCUUUCUCACAUGUCUUUUCAGUGUCUCAGCCUCCUUUCUACACUCACUAUCUUCAAUAUUCUGGCAAGGAUGUAUGGGUCGUUGAUGCUGAUGACAAUUAUUAUUGGUGGACUGUAAAUAGAAAAAUGAGAUUAAGUUUAGACCUCCAGGAUGAGCAGAUUUAAGAUUAAGAUUGAUGGUGUGCAUAUGAAUGUAUGCCUAUUUGACUGUAUGUGUUUGAAUAGAGAGCUCUGAGUCAGUAUUGAUUUUAUAUUUUUUUGUAUGGACUUGUGCUCAACUUUUGUGAACGACUGAAUGGUGACACUCUUUUGUUUGGCACCUAAAUAAAGUACAUUCAACUCACACACUCUGCGGUGCAUUUUCUAUUUUGUUUUCCCUCUUUUUUCAGUUUUAAUACUUACACACUUGAUAUGACAGAAAUUCUCAUA